ACUUCAAUUAUCCGCAAAGCUGAACACCGCCGGCCUUUAUCAUUUACCACGACUGUGUCGUAUCGGUAGGACCUAUUUCGCACUUCGAGCAAUUAUACCUUGUGUGGAUAAUAGUGCUCACAGUCAACUGUUUUGUGUAAAAAGUGUUCAAUUUGUUAAACUUUCGUCAAACAAAAGCUCGUCACUCUGGAAGUGAAAACACGUUGCAAAGUGUUGUACGGCAGACAAACCACCAAUCACCAGCAUCAGCAUCAUGAACAAGCAAUUUCCAAAACGCCCAGAACCGCUACAGGCUUCGGUGCCGGUCAAGCUGCUCACAGCCGGAACAGCCGCGUGCUGGGCAGAUUUCAUCACAUUCCCGCUCGACACCGCCAAGGUGCGGUUGCAAGUCCAGGGUGAACAACCGGUCCGUACGGCGGCUCUGGCACAGGCAACCGGCAGCAGAGGCAACAGUGCCAUCCAGGCUUUCAAAUUGAAUCCAUCCGCCAUUCCGGCCAUCCCCGGCUCACAGCAUGUCCAGUACCGUGGUCUGGUCGGAACCAUCACAACCAUCACCCGGCAGGAGGGCUUCCUUACGCUAUACAGUGGCCUCUCGGCCGGGCUGCAACGACAAAUGUGCUUCUCGUCGAUCCGUUUGGGACUGUACGAUACGGUUAAGGAUUUCUAUGGAACCAUCUUUAAAGAAAACGAAGCUGGCCUUCAAAUUUUCACACGAAUCAGCGCCGGUUUGACCACUGGUGGCUUAGCGGUAGCUCUAGCUCAUCCAACCGAUGUGGUCAAGGUGCGCUUCCAGGCGGCGUCCCGUUCGAAUAGCAAUCGUCGGUAUUCUUCUACCCUGCAAGCAUACCGGACGAUUCACCGGGAGGAAGGCGUUCGGGGUCUGUGGAAGGGCGCUAUGCCGAACAUUGGCCGCAACGCCAUCAUCAACGUGGCGGAAAUCGUCUGCUACGAUGUGGUCAAGGACCUGCUCCAGCAGUACGCCCACAUUCCCAAUGACAUCCGGUUACACUUUAGCUCGGCGGUGGUGGCCGGAUUUGCCGCUACCGUGGUCGCAUCCCCAGUCGACGUGGUCAAAACCCGGUACAUGAACUCACCGAAGGGCCAGUACCGGGGCGCGGUCGACUGUGCCAUCAAGAUGGGUCGCAAGGAGGGAGCCGCUGCAUUUUACAAAGGUUUUGUGCCAUCGUUUGCCCGGCUCGUUUCGUGGAACGUAGUCAUGUGGAUAUCGUACGAGCAGUUGAAGUUAAUCAUGUUUAAGUCGUAAGCGAUUGGCAUGUACCUGUGACGUUAUUUUUUAGGUUUGUGUUUAAGUUAUUGAUUGUUUACACUAUUUAGAUAGACUGGAUGUUUUGAGAAUCGCAUAUUUUUAGCAUUUGUUUUUUUAAGUAUGAACAUUGUGAUGUAGUAGACGAGAUCAGCGAAUAUU